AUGGAAAGGUUACGUUCUUACAAUAACUGGUGGGAGAUGGAAGACGGAGAGUAUACCCGUCCUCCCAGCGAGCAUUGGUCGUUCGAUACAGAAGACCAUCCAGAUGUGGGUUUUUAUGAGGGUUUAGACGGUCAUGCAUCAAGGAAAAAAGAGACGCUUGGGCGCAUGUUCUUUUCUCCAUUAACAAGGAAAAGGAUAUUUUUAUUAUCAUGUGUUGCAGUGUCCAUAGAUCCUCUCUUCUUUUACAUUCCAAUCAUCAAUGACGAGAAAAAGUGCCUUGCAAUUGACAAAAACUUGAGGACUGCAGCUCUUUGUUUGCGAGCACUUCUUGAUGCCGUUUUCGCACUGCAUACUAUGAGUUCUGGGUUUAGGUUGUAUCCGUAUAAGGAGCUCUACUUUGUAGAUGUACUUUUGUACAGCUUUCGCAGCAUACUAGUUGCCGUUUUCCUUAUGCUCCCCAUUCCGCAGUUGGCAAUAUCAGUUUUCUUUUUCAAGUCAGGAGGCUCUGGAUAUUUCGGCCAAAGACUGACCGUGAGCAUCUUCCUUUUUCUCUGUUAUGCGGCAAGGCUUGUCCUAAUCUACAUGCUAAGUCAAGAACUCAAGUACAAUACCGGAUUAUGGGUUCGAGCUUCAGUCAAUUUCUUUUUCUACAUGGUUGCUAGUAAUAUACUUGGAGGCUUUUGGUACUUCUUUUCUAUUCAACGUGAGAUAUCAUGCUGGCAAAUGCAAUCCUGUAAAAAUUCUCUAGGCUGUGGAGCUACUUAUUAUUGUGGCGACAGUACUUCACGAGACAUAACAUUCCUAAAUGAGUUAUGCCCCAUAAAUCCACAAAAUAUUACCGUAUUUAAUUUUGGAAUAUUUCUUGAAGCUAUUCAGUCCGGAAGCACAAGAUCGAUGCAUUUUCCAACCAAGUUCUUUUAUGGUGUAUGGUGGGGCGUCAGAAAUCUAAGUAACUUUGGCACGAAUCUGGAAACAAGUGGCUAUGUAUGGGAAACCUGCUUUGCAGUUGUAAUUUCUAUUGCUGGUUUGCUACUAUUUUUAUGUCUCAUUGGAAGCGUGCAGAUAUAUAUGGAGCAGGCAAAAACAAAAUCGUUGGAAGCUGAGGAGAAGCUAAAGGAGUUGAACACCAAGAUACUUCAAUGCAAAAAGAUGAUACGAAAAUGGAUAUCAGAUAUAGCAGAAGGUGACAACGCUUUGGAAAAAAAUAUUUGGCAACAAAUAAAUGAAAACAAAUUAGUAGAACACAGAGAUGCUGUUAAAGUGGAUGUGAAUUAUAUGUUCUCUAUUCUUCAUUACUAUGGGAGAAACCUUCUCAAGCGCCAUUUCUGCAUGGAGAUCCUAAAAAAAGUAGGCGGUCUUAGAGAUAUGGGGGAAGAAAUGUUGAAAAUUAUCUGCAACAAAAUGAAGCUAAGGACGUUCGAGGAGAAUACGUUGGUUGUUGAAGCGGCACACCCGCUUGAGCGGAUGAUGAUUAUUAUAGAAGGCUCUCUGCGGAUGUACCAGACAACUAGUGAUGCUGCUGCUGCACCUCCUCCCCAAACUGUUUUCGAGGAAGGUGAUAUUGUGGGACAUGAACUUGUGUCUUGGGCAGCGUCAAUCCGAAAUUUUAAAGACCCCCCUACUUCCAACACAUAUGUCAAAUGCCUCUCCAAAGUAACAGCCUUCGUUCUCACAAGUGAGGACUUGAGAAAAUUACUCAGCUCCAAACGCAUCAUGUUCGGGACAAGGGCGGAACCAGAAGUUUUUCAGUGGAUGCGCUAGUUAAAAUUUUAGCAUAAAAUCUAAUAAUUUUUUUUUUUAACAAAAAAAAUCUUACCUUUGCAAUGUGAAUCCCUAAAAAUUUAUUGCCAU